AUGCCUCUCGUCGAGUCUUUUCUUCAAACCACGGCGCCUUCUUCUCAACCUCAACCACAACAAAAUCGCUACCAAGUUUUGAAUGUGGUGAGCCGGGGAUCUUACGGCGUCGUGUACCGCGCUUGGGAUACGGAGGCCGGCGAGAUCGUGGCGAUCAAGCACGAGUUGACGGGUUUGAGCCGAUCAACGCUGCGUGAAAUCAAAAUCCUGCAGUCGCUGCCUCGCCACCGUUCGAUCGUGGAGUUGAAGAAAGUGACGGUGGACGAGCGCGGGAAAGUGCUCGUUGUGAUGGAGUUUAUGCCGAGCGAUCUCAGCAGGCUGAUCGCCGCGAGAAAGAAGCCGUUCACGGCGCCCCAACUCAAGGUCUCCGUGUGGCGGAUACUAAAGGGUGUUCUGUUUCUACACGAGAACGGCGUGCUUCAUCGUGAUUUGAAGCCCUCCAACAUUCUCAUCAACCAAAAGGAUCGUAUCAAGAUUUGUGAUUUUGGACUUUCGCGGUGGGAGAGUGAGUCUGGAUCGUACUCGCCGGAAGUGGGGACGCAGUGGUACAGAGCGCCCGAGCUUCUAAUGGGAAAGACCAACUACACGGGCGCCAUAGAUAUGUGGGCGGUGGGGUGCGUAAUGGCGGAAUUGGUGCUGUUGAAGGCGCUUUUCCCGGGGAAUUCGGAGAUUCAGCAGUUGGGUUACAUACACCUCACCCUCGGCCCCGCCCUGCAAUUGAUGCUCUCUGUUUCUGUGCCGAUGCUUACUCCUGCUGGACUUGAUCUGCUGAUAAGCCUUCUUGCUUUCGAUCCCAACGACAGGAUCACUGCCAAAGAUGCUCUCCAACACCCCUGGUUUCUAGAGUUUUGA